CGUCAAGCCACCGACGGGGUCCACCCGCCCGGCUUCGACUCUGGGCCACAGAUUCAAACACGUGCGUCGACGACCUGCCCUCGUCCCUCCGCGGGCUGCAUCCACCAUCGAUCCGUGUUUGCCAUCUUCGCGCGUCGGUGCCACUGCUGGGCCUCGACAGCCAAGUCGUCUUGGGACUGCGAGAUGGCCGCAUGGAAGCUUUUUAGUCGAGCCUCGUCCUCCUUGGACCCAAGGCUUGACACUUCUUUUCUUUCCCAUCCUUUCUUCUCUCUCCUCCUGCGCCUCCCCACCCUCCGGUAGUCCCUGGGCCUGACGUUGCGCUGCUGCACACUGUCGAAGCACUCUCCAGGACGCGCCAGACCGACGACCUCAGCUCCGUCGCAAGCUCCAGCUGCUGGUCCUUUGUUGUCUCUGCACUCUUUUGACCCGCGCGCGUCUCCCGCCUGGUUUCAAGACGAAAAUCUGCCAUCAUGCCUGUCUGGGAGGAGCACGGCUACACCCGCAAGGAUGACGAGGGUAACAUCAUAACCCUCGAGGAGUACGAGGCCCGCAAUCCCGGAAAGGCCUUCACCUGGGCCGACUUCAAGCUGUACGCCAUCUGCGGUGUCGGCUUCAUGCUCGACUCGUACGACCUCUUCAUUGUCAACUUGGCCUCGCCCAUCUGGGCCUACGAGUUCUUCACCUCCGGCGAUCUCGACCACACCAAGAAGGUGCCCUCGCCCACCAUCCCCUUCCUCGUCCGUGGUGCCGUCAACGCUGCUGCAAACAUCGGCAACGUCGCCGGUCAGAUCUCGUUCGGCUUCCUCGGUGACGCUUUCGGCCGCAAGUUCGUCUACGGAAAGGAAUUGAUCAUCGCCAUCAUUGGCAUCAUCUUGAUCAUCUCCCUGCCUGUCAAUGGAUCCGCUGGUCUGAAGACGGGCGUGCAGAAGAUGUGGUACCUCUUCGGCUUCCGCUUCUUGCUCGGCGUCGGUAUCGGUGGUGAUUACCCAAUGUCCGCCGCAAUCGUCGCCGAGCGCUCGACCCUUGGCAACCGUGGUCGCAUGCUUGGCUGGAUUUUCAGCAACCAGGGUUGGGGUACUCUUGCUGCCUCCAUCGUCACGUGCAUUCUCCUGCCAUGCUUCAAGCAUUCCCUGACCAACGGCAAAUUCGGCCACAUCGAUGCCAUCUGGCGUCUGCAGAUCGGUCUUGCCCUAGUUCCAUGCUUCGCCCUGCUCUACUUCCGUCUCACCAUGCCAGAGUCGCGCAAGUUCACUCAGUCCACUGAGCUGUCGGCCGCCGUGCAUUCGCUUAACAACUCCAAUGUCGACAUCGUUAAGGAGGAGAAGGGCGUCAAGACCGUUGCUGGCGCUGAGGUUGACCGUCGCGCAUCCGUUGUCGAGGCUCAUGCUCACAAGCCAAGCAAGAGCGUUCAGAUGACCGCCUUCAUCCAGUACUUCAAGCAGCCGCGCCAUGCCCUCACUCUUUUCGGUUGCGCUUUCACUUGGUUCCUCCUCGACGUCGCGUUCUACGGUGUCAAUCUAAACCAGUCCGUCAUUCUGACUGAUAUCGGCUACGCUACCGGAAGCAACCCUUAUAACUACCUGCUCCGCAACGCCGAAGGUAACUUGAUCAUUGCCGUUGCCGGCUACGUUCCAGGUUACUUCAUCACCAUUGCUUUCAUCGAGAUUCUCGGCCGCAAGUGGAUCCAGAUUCAAGGCUUCCUCGUCACCGCUCUCAUGUUCGGUAUCCUCGCUGGUACUACCCACAUCUCCUCUGGCGCUCGCUUCGCUCUUCUCGUCAUUGCUCAGCUUUUCAUGAACUUUGGUCCCAACGCAACUACCUUCAUCGUUCCCGGUGAAGUCUUCCCCUCUCGUGUCCGCGGUCUUGCCCACGGUUUUUGCGCUGCUGUCGGCAAGCUUGGCGCCAUCCUGUCGGGUAUUGGCUUCAACUGGUGGUCUCAGAAGGAUCACAAGAAGUACCCAGGCUCCAUCGGUCUCAGCGGUGUGCUCUGGAUCUUCUUCGCCUUCCAGCUUCUUGGCGCCGUUGUCACCUUCUUCUGCGUCCCCGAGACCAAGGGUAUCGAUGCCGACGCUAUCGAUUAUGAGGAGGUCCAGGCUCGCGUUGCACGUGAGUCCAACGGUCAGAGCGAUUAAACUAGUGAAUCUCCUUACGAGGAUUGCAUAAUGCGGUGUUUCUUUAUGUGUUGUACGUGUACAUGAAGAACUUGGUGAUGAGAAAGGUGGUGGAAGAUUGCAAAAGAAUCCGUCGAGUGUUGUAAAACUCUUUUAAUCCAUUCGCGUUUGAUACCAAAUCAAAUUUGUACAGACAAAGAAUCACAUGCGUUUGUUCGCCACUCAUCUCUUGCCCGUCUUCAGAAAUGGGUUUUUUCGGGUUGUAAUCUUGCAGACAAGCUC